CAGGCAGCUGCAGAGGGAGGCCAUGAGCAGGUUGUGAAGCUGCUGCUCGACAAGGGCGCCGACGUCAAUGCUAAGGGUAGAUUCUAUGGCAACGCACUCCAGGCAGCUUCAUCUGAAGGUCACGAGCAGACUGUGAAGCUGCUGCUCGGUAACAACGCCAAGGUCAAUGCGCCAGGCGGAUUCUAUGGAAACGCACUCCAGGCAGCUGCAGAGGGAGGCCAUGAGCAGGUUGUGAAGGUGCUGCUC